CUUGGUUUAUCACGUCACAUUGUCUUUGCGCGCCUAAAUGUUUAUUCACGUACACAAGCGACAAAAUAUGUAACGAAAGAGGCAAAUAUUUUCAUAACAGUCGUUUUCGCAAAUUGUUUUUGAUAAAAAAAACAACGAAACGUGUCGAUCCUGAGUUUUCGGGGCAUGAGUUUAGUGGAACAAUCUGUCAAUUAAAUGAAUAAUUGAGGUUGAGGGAAUGUAUCAACAGUAAAGCCAGUCUUUGUCAAUUGUGCACGAAUAUCAGAGACUUACAAAAUGGGUAUCACGGGUUUGCUCCCAUUUUUGGAGAAGAAAACAGCAAAGAAGGUGUCUCUCCAGGAAUUCACUGGGGGCACAGCUGCUGUUGACACUUAUUGUUGGCUGCACAAGGGUGUUUUUACUUGUGCUGAUAAAUUGGCAAUGGGAGUGAAGACUGAUGGAUACGUCACGUACUGUAUGAAUUAUGUUAAUCUGUUAUUAAAAUUCAAGAUAAAACCGAUUUUGGUGUUCGAUGGUCGUCACUUGCCUGCUAAAGCUGAGACUGAGCUCAAACGAAGAGAACAGAGGGAUGCAAACCGUAAACGAGCCACGGAACUGAUGAAAAUGGGUGAAAUUGAGCAAGGAAAAAACCUAUUGAAACGCGCAAUUGACGUGAGCCACGAAAUGGCUUUGAACGUAAUCAAGAAAUGUCAGGAAUUGAACAUUGACUGCAUCGUAGCUCCUUACGAGGCAGAUGCACAAUUGGCAUACUUGAACAUCUCCGGAAUUGCUGACUUCGUGAUAACAGAGGACAGUGAUCUCACGCUCUUCGGUUGCAAGAAAAUCCUCUUCAAGAUGGACAAAUUUGGCUGCGGAACUCUCGUAGAGCAGGAUCGUCUGUACCUGUCGAUGGGCCUUCGUCAGGAUGACUUCACCAUCGAGAAAUUUCGUCACAUGUGCAUCCUCUCUGGCUGUGAUUAUCUCCCAUCUCUUCCAGGUGUUGGCCUUGUGAAAGCUCUCAAAUUCGCUCAGAGGAAUAACGACGAGGACGUCUACAAUGCUCUGGGUCGUCUAAGCACAUACAUAAAUAAAAAUGUUAUCAUUACCAAAGAAUAUCGUGAAGCAUUCGUAAGAGCCCUGGUGACCUUCAAACAUCAGUUGGUUUACUGCCCCCUGAGGAGGACACAAGUGAGACUGAAUGCACCACCUCCAGAGGUGACUCCAGAGCAGCUUUAUCACGCUGGAGAGCCAGUGGACGAGGAAUUGGCUUAUCAACUAGCUCUCGGCAACUGCACUCCCUUUGGAUUCAAGAAACUCAAUGACUUCGAUCCUGAUCAUCGAUUGCCCCCAAAGAAGAGGACCAAUGGCUGGCAUGAGACUCCCUCUGCUCAACAUCCCAGCAUCUGGUCCAGUAAUUUCAAGGUGAAGAUUCCUGCAGUCGAGCCUGCACCCUCUGAAGCCACCAACUGGCCAGAUACAGUUGGAAGAAGCGUUGUGAUGGACACCAAGAGCGUCAGGAGGAAGAUCAGUCCUUCUAAGCAGAGGAUCAACUCGAAGAACUCAUGUUCUAGUCCUGUGAAACGAUCCUCUGAGCAUUUGGACAAAGAAUUAAGCAAGGAAGAUUUAUUCAAGCUGUAUGGGAACACCAAAAUAAUGAAGAGUGAUGAGAAACAGCCUGAAAAGGUGAAGGAGAAGGUGGAGCAGGAUGACAACUUCUCGACGCCCACAUCUUCACCGAGAAAGUUCAAUCCGUUCUUGAAGAAGCCAGCACUCACUGAAACCUCACCGUCGUUGGUUCCACGAGGGCGAAGACGUCCUAAACACACUAUUAUUGCCCUUCAACCUACGAUUGUGGAUGAAACAGUAGUCACUGAGAGUAAAUUCUUCUCUCGAUCAGGAACCAGUGGUGAAGAUAAAGAAGCUGUGAUAAUCCCAGAGACUCAGGAGGAAUUGGUGCCUCAGAUUCUACGCGUGGAUUUUGAGAGAAAAAUUGUCAGGAGGAAUAUUAUCAUCCCAGAGACUCAGGAUGAAUUGAUUCCUACCAAUUCAGAGGGUAAAAUAGUUCAAAAUCAUGUGAUAAUACCAGAAACUGUGCACACUGAAAUUAAUGACGAGACGGCGUCUCCUCAAGCCCAGAAAGGAGGUGUAGAAAGGCUAAAGGAAAAUGUGAUAAUUCCAGAGACGAUGGACGAGGAUGAGACGUUGAGGGAUAAUUCAGCUGUUGACGAGAUGAGAAGAAGAGACGAUGAUUACAGAACCCCUAGGAAUAGUUUCGAUGGGAAGAAAGUCAAUGUGAUAAUUCCAGAGAGUCCUGAGGACGAAGAAGAGUUGCCUCUUAGUCAAGGCUCUUGUAAAGAAAACGAUGAUAAUGUCAAUAUUUUUAUAAACGAUUAUGUCAAGCCUUUGGAGAACGGUCAAAUUUUAUCGAGAACAGACUCAGGUGUCGACAUGAAAGAAGACACAACAGGGAAGAACAUUAGUCCAGAUAAUUCUUCCUCAGAACUCGCAGAUAAUUUUUCAAAAAUUGAGACAAGCACCUCAGGAUUGAACAUUACGAUCAAGAAAUACGGUUUGAAGAGUCCUGGAGAGAGAAAUGUCAGGGUUCCAAGUCCAGAUGAUUUCGAGCUCUUUGGGAGUACUGAACCUGUGAAUAGUCCAAGGAGCAAUUUUUUCAACUGGUCAAAUACCAAAAGCCGUGAUAGAACAAUCAAUUUUUUGAAUAGCAAGCCCUCCACGUCCUCGCAGAAGAGCUCCUCUCAGAGUAAUAGAUCUAGAGGCUCGAAACGUCCGCAAGUCUCGAAGAAACUACCUCCUGUUGACUCUCAGCAGAGUCUGCUGAAUAUGUAUGGAUUUAGGAAGAAAGACACCGUUAAACAAUGAUCUACGUAGAAUUUUGAGGAGAGAUAGAUAGCUGGUUCUGUCUUUAGAGAAUUGAGAGAAACAGAAUCUUCAGAGUUACAGGUGGAAUAAGGAGAUCGUUGAAUUUAUGCAGUAUUACUUCUUUCAAGGUACUAUGAAUAGCAGCAAACAAUGGAUGAAAUGAAUAUACUUUUUCGUUUUUCAAUUUUUGUUCAUUCCCGAGACGAAAAAUCAUUUUUACUGUGAUAAAAUUGUAUUUCUAGAAUUUCAUUCCUGUUAUUACUCCAUUAUUACUCCAUCGAAAUAUCAAUCGAUUCCAUUGUUUUAGUUUCUUGUAACACUGAGAAACUCUUUGUAUUCAGCCUUAUUCCACUUGAUGAACGAUUAUUUCAGGGAUUAGUAAUAUUGAUACUAUAUUUCAAGACUGGUAAAAUUCAUGACUCAGGGAAUACUCAAAUGAAAAUAAAAAAAAGCUGCCAAUUCCAGUUUUUUGUUUAUGAGUAUAACUCCUUUGUUUAAGUAGGAAUUAAUGUUUUCUCAUGAUCGAGCUUCAUAGAUUUUAUGUACAAAUUUAUUAUUUAAUUUCCAUGUAACAAUUUAUUCGUUUUCGUCGAUCUAUGAGCAGUUCAUUAUGUAUCUACUGUUUUGAUGAAAGUUUUUCAUAAAGAUAUUUGUUACAAACGAUA